AAGGUAUAAAAGAUUCGCUAAAAAUGUAUUGGCCAAACCUUCUUCGCCCAGAUGACUUUAGCUUCUGGAAGUACGAGUGGGCGACACAUGGUAGAUGCCUUGGUCUAGAGCCAUCCGUGUACUUCAAGGAUGCAAUUGAACUUAGAGAACGCUAUAACGAUUAUCUUGGUUUAGAUGACCAAGGAUGUCGACCGAACCCCAAUCCAUACAAGCGGAAAACUAUCUAUGAUGCAUUGUUUGAAGCACUUGGCAAAAAACGUGGACAAUUGAAAUGCAACAUGAGAAACGGUGGUUAUCAGCUGCUUGAGGUUUAUAUUUGCUUUGACCGUCAAAAGAAGGUUCGUGAUUGUCCAUUUCAGUACAUCCAAUGCGGUAACGAUGAUCAAGUAUCGGUUCUUUACCCCACCAGCAAUACUGUGCGCCCAAUUAAUGGAUCCAAGGAGAUCCAAGGAUAGGGACGACGGAAGGGUCUGGAAGUCUUCUAAGAGUGAAGUAUGAAAGGCUGGAGAAGUACAAAGACAGACCCGAGAGCUUGAUCUAAGCUGAUUUAUGAACAACUGCAGAUUUUCUUGUUGAUUUUUCUGUUUUGCUGUUUGUGCGCUUCAAUUACAACUGUUGUGGUGGCUGAGAUACCCUUUUGAGUGGUCUAAAACAGGGUAAAUCAGUGACUAAGGUGGUGAGAGUUGAGAAGAAGGAAGGUUGAAUAUUUUCCUUACUGCUACAACAAGAUUUUCUGCACUGGUUUGGGAGUGUGCAUGUUGAUCUAUUGCUGUUUGUAUAUUUCUGUUUUCUUCAAUAACACAGUGGUUUAAGGUU